UAAAACGUACGAAGUUGAUUCUUCCAACUCCAAAUCUCGUCGUCUCCUUGUUCACUCGAUCGCUAGUCGCUGCUUUGCCUCUUGCCUUUCAUCCAAAUAUUGAAUCCAUCGACCACGACUCCAACAGCGGCCAUCUCCGCAACAAGCUCUGUGGCUCUCAGUUGCAAGGAAAAAAAGGAGUUUUGGCAAAUUUCCUUCAUUACAUUUGUUCAGAACUUUAGAGAAUGAUGGAAGAUCGUUUUGAUUUACAUGAUGUAUCAAAAGAGUCGGAAACUAAAGAAAAGAAGUACCUCAGAGGAGAAGGUGCUAAUUUAGAGGUUUUGAAAGACAAAAAACUAAAGGGUCAACUUUCAGUUAGAGAAGAAUUGCAUGUAAUAUCUGCAAAAACUGCUGCCAAGGCUGAGAAGUGGCUUAUGCCAAGUGAGGAAGGCUAUCUUGAGGCUGAAGGCAUUGAAAGGACAUGGAGGAUCAAACAAGAUGCUAUUGCUUCUGAAGUUGAUAUCUCAAGCAAAAAGAAUCAACAUGACAUAAUCUUACCAGAUCUUGGUCCAUACACUCUGGAUUUCACAUCAAGUGGAAGGUACAUGGCUGUAGCUGGGCGCAAAGGCCACAUGGCAAUGGUAGACAUGAAAACUAUGAGCCUAAUUAAAGAGAUGCAGGUUAGGGAAACGGUGCGUGACAUUGUGUUUCUGCAUAAUGAGCUCUUCUUUGCCACUGCCCAGAAAAAGUACCCAUAUAUUUAUAAUAGGGAUGGCAUUGAACUGCACUGUUUAAAGGAACAUGGUGCAGUGUUACGGCUUCAGUUUUUGAAGAACCAUUUUCUCUUGGCAUCAAUAAACAAAUUUGGGCAGCUCCGUUAUCAAGAUGUCACAACGGGUCAGAUGAUUGGUAAUAUCCGGACAGGUUUAGGUCGUACUGAUGUGAUGCAAGUUAAUCCCUUCAAUGGGGUUGUUGCUUUGGGUCAUUCAGGAGGUACAGUGAGCAUGUGGAAACCCACCAGUUCAAAUCCCAUUGUCAAAAUGCUCUGUCAUCCUGGUCCUAUCUCGGCAAUGGCAUUCCACCCUAAUGGCCAUCUCAUGGCCACAUCUGGCAAGGAAAGGAAAAUUAAGAUUUGGGACUUGAGAAAGUUCGAGGUUCUCCAAACCAUGCCAGGCAAUGCAAAGACCUUGGACUUCAGUCAAAAGGGAUUGCUAGCCGCUGCAACUGGAUCAUUCGUUCAGGUUUUCAGAGAUUUCUCAGAAUCCCGGGAUUAUAGCAGAUAUAUGGGUCAUUCUAUGGUGAAAGGUUACCAGAUAGGAAAAGUAUUGUUUAGACCAUAUGAAGAUGUUCUUGGCAUAGGGCAUUCCAUGGGAUGGUCUUCAAUUCUUAUUCCAGGGUCCGGAGAACCAAACUUUGAUACUUGGUUAGCAAAUCCAUUUGAAACAUCUAAACAGCGGAGAGAAAAGGAAGUUCGGUCUCUUCUUGACAAGCUUCCGCCCGAGACAAUCAUGUUGGACCCAUCAAAGAUUGGCACUGUGAAGCCAGUUAAGAAGAAAGAGAAACUGACGAAACAAGAAAUGGUAGAUGAGAUGGAAGCUGCUGUUGAAGCUGUCAAGAACACCACUUUUAAGAACAAAACAAAAGGAAGGAGUAAGGAUAGUAAGAGAGCAAAGAAGAGAAAGGAGAUUAUUGGGAGAGCCAAGAGACCUUUCUUGGAUCAGCAAAUGAAAGAGGAAGAAAAAUUGGCUAAAAAGAAGCAGAAAACUAACGAGGAAAAUGCACUACCAGCAGCUUUGCAGAGAUUUCAACGCAAAAACACUACAGCUUGAAUGUGCUGAAAUUUUUUUUUUUCUUUUUCAAAUCAAUUUUCUUUACCCUAACUUAAAAUGUAUUCCAAUGGUGGUUAAUUAUAACCAAACUGUAUCCUCGAGUUUUGGUUCUCAAAAGGAAUGAUUAUUUUUAUAUUUAUUUUCUUUUGGCAGUUUA